UGACACGGCAGAGUCCAGCCUUUACCUCGCUUUGUGAUGUCUCUUUUGUGACGUUGUUGUGGUCACUCAACAGCAAUCAACAACAUUUAUCUGAUUCUGUUUUGGACUUCUGCGACUUUGAAACGUCCGGAGCGUAUUUUUAGGGGACACCCGGACCAAUGGGAAAAUCUGCUGCCUGUCACCACCCACAUUUGAACCACAACACUGAUCAAGAAAAAGCUCACAAUCGGAAGUGGAGCGAAUUCGCGGAAACGGACACGUCGCGGCUCGGCCAGGCGGGCCUGGCGUGGACCAACAACAAAGGUGCGCGUCAGCGCGGGGCGGGUCUGAAAACCCCGGCAGCCGGUUCUGACGGGGCUCGGCGAGCGUGCAGUGGCGUGCAGUGGACCGGCCCCGUAUUAAAGGCCGACCGGUGCCGACCGGUCUCAGUCGACCUGCAACUGUCUGAGACACAGGUACUUUUCGUUUGAUCGGAUCACCCACUCUCACAAUGCGCUGCGUUCUCGUUCUGGCGAUGCUGGCGGUGGCCGCCCACGGCGCGUCCAUCUCCAGCAGCGUGUCGGCCUCCUCGUCCAGCGACGGCCGCGAGUCCACCUUCAGCUCGCACCGCAUCAACGGCGGGCCCACCUUCACGCUCGGCACCCGCGGCUCGUUCGGCAGCUUCGGCGCGCGCCGGCAGCCGGCGGCGGCCGCCUUCAGUCCUUUGGGCACCCGCGGCGCCUUCGGCCGGCCGGCGGCUCCCGGCCUCGGGGACGUGCAGGCCGAGCUGAACAGGGUGGCCGGUCAGCUGGCCGGCGCCCAGAGCAGCCUGCAGGGCUGAGCGGCCCGCCGCCGAGCCCGGCGACCGGGACGGCACGGGACGGGAAGGGACGGACGGGACGGGACGGGACGGGACGGGAAGGGACGGGACGGGAGGUCAUCAGGAGGGUGGCCCGGCUCAGGGCGCGUAGCGUGCGGGCACUGUGAGCUGCGCUGGAGACACGAUAGUCGCUGGCGGCGCUGGCAGAACUGCCGAGUUGGCGAGGCGGCGAUGGCUCACGGGCUGCUGCAAUACUGGUAUCAUCUGGUCUCUGGCACGUGCAGCCGGUCUAUGUCACUUUGUAUAGAAACAUGUGAUUGACUUUAAAUGAAAAUGACAUGUUGGUGUGUAAUAAACAGUGAUGUCACAGCUAUG